AUGAGUGUAAUUGUUUGUUCCCGUUACAUCUCGUUGAUUCCCCAUCCCAGCGGAUCACCUUCAGUGGCUCUCAGUCUCGUGGCUCUCCGAGUCCCUCAAAAAGUCUUCGGCUCGUGGCUUUUCACAUAA